AAGCUCCAUAUAUGCCUCAGCUUAUAGCAAAUGCAAGAGAACAAAUUACAAGAGUACUUAAAGCCGAAAUGUGUAAAAAAGAUCAAAUAAAAACUGCAUUAAUUGCUCAAUGUAUAUAUUCUGGGCAUGCUAGCAAAGGGAAGGACAAACUUAAAAGUCCAUUAACUAUAAUUGCUUAUCACAGAAGCCUCAUGCGUAUUAUUCUUACAGAAGAAGAUAUUAAUGAACAUAUAAAUUUAUCUAUAUCAGAAAUAGAUAAUGCUAUAGACUCAUUUAUGCAAGAAGGAUCAGAAAUGAAUUUGGUAAGGAUUGAAAUGCUAACUAUUGAAGCUUAUACAUAUCAAAGAGCAUUUGGUGGAUCAUAUAUCUCGACACCAAAGAAGCUUGCCAAUACCAAAUGUACAAUCAAUCCUGAUAACUCAAAAAUAAUUAAUCCAGUUACAGGUAUGCCAUCUAAUAAUUGUCUUCAAGGUGCAUUAGCUUGUUAUUUUGCUUAUAAAGAUGGACAUACAGAACACUUUGAACGAAUAUAUACAAAAAAAGAUUAUAAACAAUACUUAGAUAUAGUCAAUUUAGAUGGAAUCCCAAUGCCUACUCCAAUUUGCUCACGUAUAUUCAAUAAGAUAGAAGAGAUGAAUCCAGAUAUUUCUAUUAAUGUUUGGGAAUAG